UGUGAAGCGUGCGGCACGGACGUGCAGGAUGCACAGGACGGGGAUCGGCAUCCAGCCUUGGCCCUCAUCCCUGCCUGCGUUCGCGAGGGUACAAGUGACGCCAUGGCAUUGGGGUCCAAAGGACGGACAGACAGACAUGCAUCAUGAUGACAGUCCGCAAGGCUGAACAGCCAGAGUCAGGAUAUAAAGGAAUGGCGACCUCCGUCUUGGCCAUCUUGGACGAGCAACCACGGUACCACUCAAACACAGACCGAGACUCUCACAAGAAUGGCCCCCAACAAGACUCUGACCGGCCUCCUGGCCCUCUCGGCCCUCUCCUCCGCCGCCGUGCCCAACCAGCGCCGCGCACAGACAACACAAGCCCUCCUCCUCCCCAUCGAGGCCCCCGAGGACCAAGCCCUCUGGGCCAGCGUCAUCACCGCCGACGCCUCGUCGACAGAGUACCUCGUCGCCUGCCAAACAGCCUCUGCCCACCCUGAUGCCUGCGACGGGCCAUACACGGGCGUCACACUCACGCAAGGACCCCAGACGAUGGGCCUCAGCAUGGGUGGCAGGACGUAUGCCUGUGAUAUUCGUGAGCAGGACGCCUUCUGCGAGAUCAGCCAGCAAGACGACGAGGACAGCGUCGAGACAAAGACUAUCGCCAGAGACCAGUGGGCCCACGUCGCCAUCGCCGUGGCAGAGCCUACAGAGAUUCCCUACCUCGAGAUGCGCGCGCCCAAGGGCGGCGGCGGCAGGGGGGGCAGCAGCGGCGGCGGGAAGAGCUCAGGCAGCAGCGGGAAGAGCUCGAGCAGCAGUAAGAAGGGCUCGAGCAGCACCGGGAAGAAGGGCGGCUCCGGAGGCGACGACGAGGACUGCAACAGUGGUGACAGUGAUUACGAGGAGUGCAAGAAGAAGAAGGACAAGGACAAUGCGGGGGCCAAGGUCAACACGAUGAUGAAGCAUGUUUCAUGAAAGCGAUAUACCAUUUGUUUCUGGCCUGUAUUAUCCCUACUAUUACAAUCUACUUGCCAAUAUCCUACCCGGAAGAG